AUGUCGGAAAUCGCCAUGGUCUGGUUGUUAUGCAACCUGCGGCCGGAGAAAAUGCCUUGUUUGUUGUGCCUGAAAUGCAACGAUGUUGCCCAGCCGAGGCAUUGUACGACAGUCGUUGAAUAUCCGCAGUUUCAGUUCAGCCGAUGUACUCACUGCUGCGAUUCAAAGUUAUGUAACAAUCAAGCAUGUGGUGAACCAGGAUAUCCAUCAGAUAGGGGGCCUAUUUGCUAUAGCUGCCAUAAAUCGGUACCAGCGGGCAGAUGUCACAAUAUUGACUUUUGUAGAAAGGGGGAGGUGGUCUGUGAUAUGGAUACGGACGGAGGGGGAUGGACGGUUUUUCAGAAUCGUUUUAACGGAAGUGUCGACUUCUACCGUAACUUCUCCUCCUACGAGGAUGGGAAUGGAUUGACCCUGAUGCAUGAGAUGAUGUCACAGACCACACACGAGUUACGAAUCGAUAUAGAGAGAGCUAAUGGAACCCUCGCAUAUGUGGUUUACCCAGAGUUCAUGAUAGAUGCCGCCCCAACAUAUAUAAUGCGCAUUGAAAACAGCACAGACUACGACGGAAUUUCAUCUACGGAGGCUGAUUAUCUCACGGAUAUAGACUAUGGGGGAGCUGUAAAUAUGUCGUUCUCGACCUUUGAUAGGGACAAUGACCUAUAUGGCGGUAACUGUGCUUCCACAUAUCACGGGGCGUGGUGGUACAAUAUGUGCUACACUUACGCGAACUUGAACGUAGAUUAUCUGACACCUGGAAAUAGUUCAAACCGUGCAAUGUCCUUUGACAGUCAUGAAUCUUUAGAAACCAGUAGAAUGAUGUUUAGAACCAUGUGA